GUUAUUAAUUUCUAAUCCCGAUAUUUCAAUGGAAAGUUUCAAGACUUUCAAGAAAAAUUUUGAAACAGUUUUAUACGUAUAUGUACAGUUUUAGAGUCAUAAGUCAAUGGCCAAUGCAGAAGAGAAUUAAUUAAAAAGGCCGCCAUUCGUCGUAUGAUUGGACUUUGUUUCUUGUAAAGUGAUAAUAUACUAGUAAUUCCAUAUAUUUAUUAUGUCAUUAGAAAAAGAUAAAUCUAUAAAGACAGACAAUAAGAAAGAGGGUUGCAAUAAUAAAACAAGUAAGAUUUUGAAAGGCGUCACCAUGAGCUUAUUGAAGCAAUUAUUUUUCUGCUUUCGCUUGUAUCUGGAAAUGUGCAUAGAUUUUCUAUUUUCAUUAUACUGGGAUGGACAGCGUAGAACAAUACCAUCAUUGGAGAAAAAACAUAAUUUGCUUAAAGAAAGUGCUGUGACUUUGGCGGCAAAGAUAAGAAAUAAGGAAUUAAAGUCGAGAGAUUUAGUGGCCACUUGCAUUGAAAGGAUUAAAAUUGUGAAUCCUUAUUUAAACGCAAUAACUGAUGAGAGAUUUGAGGAUGCGUUAAAAGAUGCUGAGGAGGUGGAUAGAAUGAUAGAAAAGGGCUUGUCAGAUGAGGAAUUUGAGAAGAAACCCUUCCUAGGCGUUCCAUUCACGGCGAAAGAGAGCCACGGUGUACUUGGUAUGUUACAUACACUCGGUGUGACCGCUAGAAGCGGCGCACGUGCAACUGAGGACGCGGAAUGCGUACGUCUGUUGCGAAAUGCCGGAGCGAUACCUGUAGCUGUCACGAAUGUACCAGAGAUUAAUAAAUGGCAAGAAACACGCAAUAUGUUGUUCGGACAGACUAACAAUCCAUACCAUACAGGGCGAACUGUCGGAGGCUCUAGUGGUGGUGAAGCCGCUCUUUGCGCAGCCCUUGCUAGCCCCAUAUCGCUGUGUUCCGAUAUUGGUGGUUCGACUCGUAUGCCUGCAUUUUACUCUGGACUUUAUGGCCUCAAUCCUACAGCUGGUCACACCAGUCUUAAAGGAUCUGUACUCCGAACUGGUCUGAACCCUACAAUGGCAUCGAUUGGCUUUGUAAGUAAACACCUGGAAGAUCUAGCGCCUCUCACUAAAGUCGUAGCCGCAGAUAAGGCGGAUCUACUCGACCUGGAUAAGAAAAUUGAUAUUAAGGACGUGAAAUAUUUCUACACGGAGUGUGCCAAGGAUCUCCGCGUGAGCCCUGUUUGUUCUGAACUGAGAAAAGCAAUGAGAAGAGUAAUAAAGCGUCUAUCCGACGAAUGCCCCAGUUCCCCCACUCCGUACUACCACAGUGGGUUUAAUUAUAUGUACACGUUAUGGAGGCAUGCUAUGACUAAAGAGAACGAACGCUUUGCAAGUCUGCUUCUCGAUAAUGUGGGAGAGGUUCACGGAUUAACGGAAUUGGGAAAGAAGUUGGUAGGAAAAUCAGAAUUUACAGCCGCAGCUAUUAUAAAAGUGUUGGAUGACCAAGUGUUGCCACCUGUUAAUCAAGAAUGGGGAGACAAACUUGUAGAGGAAUUGAAGAAAGAUCUUGUGAACACCCUUGGUACAAAUGGUGUGUUAAUAUUCCCAUCAGCACCUCAGCCUGCGCCAUACCACUACAGCCUGUAUCUUCGGCCCUUCAAUUUCUCAUACUGGGGGAUAUUCAACGUCCUGCAUUUGCCUUCCAUCCAGAUUCCUCUAGGUCUCAACGCGGAAGGCAUUCCUCUCGGAAUCCAAGUCGUGGCUGGACCGCGACAAGACGCCCUCUGCCUGACAGUUGCGAAGCAUUUGCAAACUAUGUUCGGUGGAUAUGUACCGCCUUGUACUAUUCAUGAUUAACAUAAGAGAAAGAUAUAGUAAUUAUAUAUUUUAGAUGUUAUUGUAAAGGGAUCGGGCUUGGAUCUGGAUUAUGGUGAAAUGUAUUGUCUGUCUGUAUAUUAGCUUAUAAAUUCAUUCAAUGCUAUAUUUAUUGACGCUUUAGUGUGCGACUCUCAUCCCUGAGGUCGUAGGUUUGAUCUCCUAUGGACAUUUAACAUUCGCUCGAACGAUGAAGGAAAACACCGUGGAACCGACAUGUCUUAGACAGAAAUGAUCGACGAAUUAAAUGAUCAUGAAAUAAAUACAGAAAUCUGUGGCCUAGACCUAAAAAGAUUAUAAUAACGCCACUGAUUUAUUUUAUUUUUAUAUAAUAUUUUACAAGAAAACUUUACAGCGCCAUCUAGUGGCACGUAAACAAUACUUUUUGUAUAGAUUUUUUAUUAUAUUAUUACAAUUACACCAUUGAUUUGCAAUACUCUAAUUGGUGAUAUAUUUUAUACUGUUGAGGUGAAGGUGAUGUUGGAAAUUUAAAUAAACUGUUUUUUAAAUAUA